UUUCACUGUUCUGGUUUAGCUCAUGCCACCUUGGGCGCUGGGUUGUGCUCAUGCCCAAUGCUGCACUUUCGAGUGAGAGACGGGGCAGAGAACUACGCGAACUGCGACGGCGACUACAGGCCUUCCGGCCUGCAGUGCAAUGAAUCGCCGGUGUAUGUUAACGAGCCAAAGUCGCGGAUGCUGGCGAAAGCAGCUGACGGAACGUGGGUGAUCAGCAGCUUGGAAUACCUGGAUGACAUUCUGAAGCACUGCGAAAGUUUUGGAGGCUUUCACUCCAGCUGUUCUGCCAAUCCGGCAGAUUGGAGCGACUAUGAGGUUUUCCCCUUGCAGGAGCUGGAUGUGUCCUUAAAGGCAGGCUGCGACGACUACGCCGCUUGCCUGGGUGUCUAUACGCAGCUCCCGGACCGCCUUCUACAUGGCUUCCCCGUGUACGUGGCUUCUACCGGGGCCGGCGGCGGGCGCUUCAUGGGGAGAUCUGGAGAUGGCUGGGUCAUCACAAGUGUAGAGCACCUGGAGGACUUGUUGGCCAGUCAGCCGGGCUCCUUCGGCGGCUUUCACUCGGCGCCUUGCGAGACGGAGGGCUGGGAGAGGUACGAGGUGAGCUGGGUCUGGCCGAUCGAGGAGCUCCGGCGCGAGGAGCGCCAGGAAUUCCAGAAGUUUGCGAACACCACGGUGUCCUUCAAGGCCGUGGCCAACUCCGGCGUCUGCAGAUCGGAGCAGGACUUCCAGGCGAACUUCCGGCGGUGCAGGGCCCUGGACUGUGGGGGCCUGGCGCUGAGGAAGGCGAAGACCAAUCAGUUCGGGGAGGAGGAGGAGCCUCCCGUGUGCUUUUUCUUCCGCCGGACCCAGGCGGAGCUGACAGCGAAGAUGGCAUCCUCGGAGCACUUCGACUUUUAUCUGGCGCCGGAGAGCUUCCACCCGGACUGCUGCUUCAAGCCCUUCAGGGAUCCGGCACCCGCGUGCCACAUCCGAUGGAAGUCCGGCAGGGUGCAAGCCUUUGCGGUGCGCGUGUGCGCGGAGGAGGUCAGCCCGUGCACCUACUAUUGCGCCGCAGGGUUUCACUGCGGCUACUGCGGCAUCCAGCAGCACCAUGGAGACAAGCAGCAGGUGCUCUUCUCGGUUUGGAACCACCCACGUGCGGGGCGCAAAGUGGAGAACCUCCAUGUGGCGGACGGCGCAUGGCCGGAGGCCUUCGGAGGUGAGGGGAUGGGCAUGGGGGCGUACUGCAUCACCGACGCAGGGUGCCGGCAGCCGUUGGCAUGCUGGCAGCCCAAAGUGGGCUACACCUUCCUGGUGCGAUCCACGCCGGUGGAGGACGGCUCGGAGAUCAGCUGUAGCCUUCACAAGCCCGAGACCGGCUGGGUCCACUUCGCCACCCACCGGCGCCCCGAGCCGGAGGAGGACCGCGGGGCGCUGUGGGGGUUGUACAGCUUCAUCGAGGACUUCGGAGCCACCUCCUUGCGCCGCUCGGGGCGCUACAGCGCGUGGGUCUUCAGCGAUGGCGCUUGGCGACCGGUCGCUGAUGUCACGGGCACCUCCACUGCUGAGGAGGACGUGCCCAACAAGUGCGUGCGCCUUGCGGGCUGUGAGGUGGAACUGGUGAGCGGCGGUGAGGCGCUCGAGGAGUGCUCGCUCUUCUGCGGUGAGCUCGCGGAAUCCCCGGCGGUGCCGCCGGAGCUCUUGGCAGCGCCGUCGUCCGCGCGGUCGGAGACCGCUGGCUUCAUGCUCCCGUCGAGUGCGGAUGGUUGAGCUGGCCGGAGACUACGCCCUUGGAGCCGUGAGCAUUCCUAUCGCUUGGGAGUGCAGUGCUGACUGACCCUGAAACAUCCCAGG